AAAAAGCAGGGUCUGGUUGGUUUCUUGUUCUACCACAAUUAACCAAAGUUUCUUUCUUGUACAUCCAACAUGGCUGAGGCUUCAUGUGUAUCCACCACACCACCCUCAGUAAACAAGGCUUGGAUUUACAGAGAACAUGGAGAAACUGCACAUGUUUUGAAGUUUGAAACAAAUGUGGCUGUUCCUCAAAUAAAGGAAGACCAGGUGCUGAUCAAGGUUGUUGCAGCAGCUCUUAACCCAAUUGAUGCCAAGAGGAUCCUUGGCGUUUUCAGGGCCACUGACACUGCUCUGCCUACAGUUCCAGGGUUUGAUGUGGCUGGUGUGGUGGUGAAGUUGGGAAGCAAAGCCAGCAAAUUUAACAUUGGGGAUGAAGUGUAUGGAGAUAUCAAUGAGGAGGGUAGCAUAAACCUGAAGAAGUUUGGGACUUUGGCAGAGUACACUGCUGCAGAAGAAAGAUUGUUGGCUCUGAAACCCAAAAACCUCGGCUUUGUGGAAGCUGCUAGCCUUCCAAUGGUUAUGGAGACUGCCUAUGAAGGGCUGGAACGAGUUGGGCUUUCUGCUGGCCAGUCCAUUCUUGUUUUGGGAGGCGCUGGGGGGCUGGGCACACAUGUUAUUCAGCUAGCAAAGCAUGUUUUUGGUGCCUCCAGAGUAGCAGCCACUGCAAGCACUAAAAAACUUGAUUUGCUGAGAAGCUUGGGUGCUGAUUUGGCUAUUGAUUACACUGAGGAGAAUGUGGAAGACCUGCCUGAGAAAUUUGAUGUGGUGUUUGAUGCAGUCGGUCAGUCGGACAAAGCAGUGAAAGCAGUGAAAGAAGAGGGGAGGGUUGUGACAAUAUUUGGUCCAAUAACACCACCAGCCUUCAUGUUUGUGCUGACCUCAACUGGGUCCAAUUUAGAGAAACUCAAGCCUUACUUGGAGAGUGGGAAGGUGAAGCCAGUGCUUGAUCCCACAGGCCCAUAUCCAUUUUCUAAGACCCUUGAAGCAUUUGCCUACCUUCAAACUUCCAGGGCUACUGGAGGAAAGGUGGUUGUGUAUCCCAUCCCCUGACCCUUGGCUGAGAUCAAUUAGAGUUUAUGUCUCGUAUAAUAAAUAUAUAUACGCUUAAUCUUGGUUUAAUUACUAGCUACUUGUAUGUAGUUAGGGAAUGCAAGAUUGAUGUGGUAUAAUAUAAGUUGGAGUUUAUAAUUUGUAUCCCCCUUUGUUAUGAGAAAUACUUCUCUGGCUC